AUGGAGGGCACAGCUCUCUGCAUCACACUGCUGAUGAAGGUGCUGUUCCUGCCGUGUGCACAUUUUGAACAGGUUGAUUCAGCAUUGAUCCGUGUCGACCCAAACAGACUGCAGUUCUUUGAAUAUGAGCCUGUGACUUUCCACUGUGAGGGGUUCAGUCACGAACACUCAUGCAAAGCUACGGCUAAUGUCUCAUUUAAAGAGAAUUUCUGCAGCAUUAAAAAUGUAUUUCCAGAAGACAGUGGAGAGUACUGGUGUGAGGGGGGAGACGGGACGAGAAGCAACAGCAUCAACAUAACUGUCACUAAUGGUUUGGUGAUCCUGGAGAGUCCUGUCCCUCCUGUGACUGAGGGAGAAGCUGUGACUCUGCGCUGCAGAAACAAGACAACUACCUCAAACCUCCUGGCUAAUUUCUACAAAGAUGGGCGCUUUAUAAGGAGUGAGUCCACAGGAGAGAUGACCAUCAAUGCUGUUUCUAAGUCCGACAAAGGACUCUACGGGUGCAGAAUCUCUGGAGCUGGAGAAUCAGCAGAGAGCUGGGUGGCUGUCAGAGAGCAGCCCCAGAGCUCCCCCACCUCCUCCAGUUCCACCCCCUGGAUCGUCGUCUCUGUUUUAUUGAUGGUUCUGUUGCUGGUGGUCGGACUACUUCACCUCGGCAAACAUUUCUGGAACAGAGUGUGGGACUACCUGUCCACGCUGACUCUUGGAUCCGCUGACGACCAGACAGUCUCCAUAGAGGCCAGUGCAGCUGAUGCAGAAGUAGUGGCAUACGCCGUCGUAACAAAAGACAGGAAGAAGAAAGAUAAAUCGACAUAUCAACCCAUUUACUACACACUGGGCCCCGGAGACCCUCAACAACCGGGUGAGACUCAUCCUGAGUAAAAAGCCACUUCAACUGUAACU